GCGUAUGCACAUGCAUGUUUUCUCUAAAAUGGCUUGAUGGCUGGUUCAUUGCAAAUAUCUGAAUUGCUCCCGCAUAUGAUGAUCACGAAGGAGGAUUCAAUUAGGUGGGUUAUUAAUGCCUAACAAAUACAUCCUCUUUCUUAUCAGAUAGGGAUUGUAUGGUUCUUGUACAUAGACAAUUGCUAGGUUUUGUGAAAUUGCAGAUAAGCUUUGUUUCUCUUUUGUUGAUAUUCUUGUAGAGAUCUGAUUAGGUUAUGGAAAAUGGUUGCUGGAAACACCAUAACAUGAUUAUGUUUUAGUAGCUGAAGAUAUUAGUUGAGGCAGAUUGAUCAUCAAUGGCCUACUACAGCUCCUGCUAUGAUGAUGAAUAUCAGAGUGAGUACUAUAACGACGCAGUUCAUUGUCUCGUAUAAAGUCUCCGAGUUUAACGAGACUGAGUUCGAAGAAUACGAUCCAACUGCUUUUGGUGGUGGCUACGAUCCUGCUGCAACUUACGGAAAACCUCUUCCUCCCUCGGACAAAAUUUGUUACCCUAGUUCAACACCGGAUCCGAAUGCCUUAUCAUUAAUGGUGUCUCCUAUGGAUCGAUUACAGCACCUUACGGAAAAGAUGAAGUCAAUGAACCUGCUCCGAAACCUCGAAGUGAAAGGAAACCGCCAAGGCUUCCUGCUAUUGAAGCAGCGCCGCUGUCCCUUGAACAUGGCAAUGGCAAAGGAAAUUCCCAAGAGAAGUCUCUAGUCUUGCAUAGAGGUGAAGAAAGUGAGGAAAACGAAGAAAACGAGGCUGAUCAUCACGAUUCUUUGCCUGGCUAUGAUGCUAGCUGGAUAUUGCAAUGGAUCAAGUGGAGAACUUGGUUAUGAGUAUGGCCAGGGAGUGCUCAAAUUCCAUCAGGAUAUGGCUUGGAAGCAAUGGACCUUUGUGAAACUUAUUUGGUUACUGGCCUUGUCUUUCUAGGCAUGCUAGGAAUAACAAUGAUCGUCAACAAGCAACUGAUUGUGGAAGUUAUGGGAACCAAGGAAGGGGACUGCUGGUUAUCCAUUUGGAAGCUGAUCAAAUCCUUAUGCUGAAAGAAGGGAUACAGGCAGCAGCUAUGGGAAUGCUAUCUAUGUCCAUGGGAGGCAUUAUCAAUAGGAAAUUCUCUAUUAACAGGUCAAGUAUGUUGAGGAUUGAUGGUCAGCUUGAGCAUGUUGCGCGGUCAUUUGUGCAUCUUCUUGAAUAAUUCAUCCAUUUAUUCCAGCCAAAA